CGCCGAGGAGUAUAAGAUGGCGGGGCUCUUCCAGGGGAAGUAUCACUCCAGUUCCACUCCAAACAGCGGGCGGAACUCACCCACUCUCCUCAUCACCAUGAAGUCCGUCAACGUGUGUGUGGCUCUCGCCGUCUUCGCCCUGGUGCUCGGCAUGGCCGCGGCUUCCUGCGGCUGCGCCAGCUCCGGCAAGGACGUGUGCGGCGGUGGCUGCAGCAGGACGGUGGUGCGCCCGUCUUACAUCCCCGCCCCCAAGCCCCAGCCCGUGGUGCGCAAGUACGUGACCGUGGUGAAGCAGCACGCCCCCGAGCCCGAGCCCUGCUACCAGCCCGAGGCCCCCAAGGCCCAGCCCGUGUACUACGUCGAGCAGCCCGCCCCCGCACCCCAGCCCGUGUACAUCCCCGUGCCCGUCGCCCGCGCCGCCCCCGCCCCCUGCGCCGCCCAGGUCCAGCAGGAGCGCGUCAUUGAGUACGUGUCCGCCCCCACCAAGAGGGUGGUGUACCGUCCCCAGGUCGUGGUUGACCGCCUCGCCCCCGCACCCGCCCCCGUGUGCACCUCCUGCUACCGCCCCUCUUCCAACUGCGGCUGCAACUGAGUGAGUGUGUGUGUUGAGAGUGGGUGGGUAACCCCGCCCGCUAUAUCACCUCUUCCGAGAAUAAAAUCAAAUGAAACGAUUUAA